AUGUUUCCUAAUAUUGUAAUGCGUGCAUGUGGCAAAAUGUCCCGUGGCGUCGUAGCCAUCCGACAACAACCAACAAUCAAACCGAUCAUGGCUGUUUCGAACAGAUUUAUGUCGUCGCAUAGCGUAGAGGAAACUGAUGAAGAAUUCUAUUCCAAAUAUGAAGCAUACUUCAAUCGUAGCGAUAUUGAUGGUUGGGAAACUAGGAAGGCCAUGGCAGAUUUAGCAUGUCAAGAUGCAAUCGCCGAGCCAAAAGUUAUCAUUGCUGCAUUAAAAGCUUGUCGCCGUCUUAACGAUUAUGCAUUAGCAAUAAGGUUCCUUGAAAGCGUUCGAAUUAAAAGUGAAAUUGAUAGCAGUAUCUACCCUUACAUAUUGCAAGAAAUUUGUCCAACUCUUGAAGAAUUAGGUAUUGAUACACCUGAAGGUCUUGGAUAUGACAAACCAGAAUUAGCAUUAGAUGAUGUUGACCACAUCUAUUAAUUUAUGAUUAUCUAACCGCUGGUUUUUUUGUUCUACCAGUUAAAAUAUGUAAAUUAGAUGGAAUAUUGUUGAUUUGUGUUGAUGAUAAAAAAAAAAAAACAUUAAAUCUUAAAUCGUAGUCAACA